ACUGUGCGAGGUUUUUUAACCUUAUUUUAUUUCGAUAAAUAACGAUUUUUUAAAUUAAUCAGUCGUUAUUACAGCUGUAAUCCUGGAUUCCUUGUGGAUUGCCAAGUGAACGAUAAAAGUCACGAAAACUAAAACUAAACGCAUUUUCAUGUCGGUCGGCUUCCGCUGAUCGUUUCGUUUGUGAAUUUUGCAUAUUUUUUGCAAUAAAUACGUUUCAGUUGUGAUUUGCAAUAUAUUUAUUGAAAUUAAUGAGGAAUCUUGAAGAUUAAAAUAGAAAUGCAACCAGUCAACAUGCUUCCGAAGCUAUCGGACAGUGCCCAAACUAUAUCCUUCACGGAGGGCGAGGGCGUGUGCAGCGUGGAGGUGCUAUCCUCGGAGGUGCUGGUGAACACCACGCCCAGCAGCCCCACACACGGCAGCUCCAAGGUGAAGCUCAAGAGCCUGGUGGACUACAACUGGGAGUGCAAGUUCUACUCCGGCCGCCUGCUCGCCAUGCACAUGACCGGGAACUACUUGGCUUAUUCUAUUAAGGCCCCCAACACAGUGACGCCGGGCAACUGGAGCGGCAUGGUGCGCGUGGUGUACAACGGGGAGCCCGGCGUCGACCGCCGCGCGCUCGUCAAGGGCAUGAAGGGAGAGGUGCACGACGUGUCGUUCGCGCACAUCGAGCACCAGAUCCUGCUGGCGUGCAUCGACGAGCAGGGCAACUUCUACGUGCACGACAUUGAACUCACUGACAGCGGACUUAGAUGCAGCCUUCUCGCCGAGAUCCGCGAGGACACGGGGCUGACGUGCGCGCACCACCGCGUGGUGUGGUGCCCGUACAUCCCGGACGAGGACGACGCGCCCGACGACGACGUGGCGCGCCUGCUGCUCACCACGCACGGGAGCACCGCUCGCAUGUGGAACCUCCGCCAAAUCAUCUCGCAGCUCGAAUCCGCUGGCGAGAAGGCGGUCGCCGCCAGCACACUACUGGCCGGCCCGGGCGUGCUGACAGCCAGUGAACACACGGCGCCGAUAGUGGACGCGGCCUUCUCGCCAGACGGAACUGCGCUGGCGACCGCUGCGGCUGAUGGAUACGUCAUGUUCUUUCAGGUGUACAUGUCGAACGCGACGACGCCGCGCUGCCUGCACAAGUGGCUGCCGCACGGCGGCAAGCCGCUCAGCUGCCUGUUCUUCCUCGACAACCACAAGAACUACAACUCCGACGUCCAAUUCUGGAAAUUCGCCGUCACCGGUGCGGAAAACAACACAACCCUCAAGAUCUGGUCUUGCAAGUCUUGGUCCUGCCUGCAAACCAUAACCUUCACCGCCGGCCUGCCCACGGAACCCUCCACUCUGGGCCUGAAAGCUAUGCUCGACACCAGCGCUAGCUACUUGAUACUCUCCGACUCUAAGAAUAAGAGUUUGUUUAUUCUGCACAUGGCCCGUGACUCUGAUGAUACCACGGCGUAUUGCAAGAGCAUAUCGGAGUUUCUGUUGCCGUAUCCCGUGCUGAGUUUCUGCAUUGUUGAUGCUGGCGAGCACCCGGGUCCGUGCGAGUCGAGCUGCGACGACCCGUACCACCGCACCGGGGGCAGCGCCGCCGCCUCGCCCGCCGACGACUACGAGCCGCCCGAGGAGGAGGGCGUGAUGGGCGCGUGCACGGCGGGCGCGCGGCGCGUGCGCGUGCAGCUCUACAUCGUGCAGCCGAAGGGCCUCCAACACGGCGAGCUGUCGUUCCCGCCGCCCGCGCCCGCGCCGCCCGCCCUAGUGCCCCCCAGUCUAGGCGAGCUGGAACUAGGAGACGAGGCGAGCGACUCGGCGCCGGCCGCCAUCGCCUCCUCCAUCCUGCAGCAGCAGAGCCAGCAGCUCAAGAACCUGCUCAUGAGGUCGCAGACGCAGCCGGGCAGCCUGAUCGGCACGCGGCCCGAGUCCCCCGCCGCCGCGCCGCCGCCGCCGCUCAACCUCAUGACUCCCGAUGCGUUCAGCUCGCCGGGCAAGCGCGACGAGGAGGACCCGCCGCUGUCCGCCACGCCCGACGUGGCCGGCGCGCACAGGAACUCCACCUCAGGGUUCCCGCCAGCACCACCCCGCUCCACGGGCUCCAGCCCCAGCCGCGAGGUGCAGGAGAUCAUGGCCAGCGACCACCGGCAUUACUACAAGGACAUGACGGACGAGCCGAGCCAGUCCCCGGAGCCCGCGGCCGAGCCCGACUUACCCGCUCCGCUGCAGAACGGAGACGCCUUCUGCCCGCAGCAGCCGCCGCUAGACUGCUCGCGUGCCAGCAACGAAUGGCCGCAGAUCUCAAUAGAGCAAAUCAACGAGGCGAACCAGCGCGACCGCUCGUCCAACAUGUCGGCCGCGCGGCACGCGUCCAGCGACGCCGUGGACAAUGUGGAGCGAACGGAGCGAGCCGUGGAGCGAACAGUGGAGCGAACGGAGCGAAUCGUGGAGCGAGUGGACGACCGCAAGCUGGACGAGCUUAGCAGGAAGAUUGAUGCGCUUACAGAGCUGGUGGGCCAGCAGAGCCGCGAGCUUCGCACGCUUCGCGCCGACCUGCACCCGCAGCACGAGCGCGUGCAGGAGGCGCUGGCGGCCCAUGCUAGCACCGCAGCGAGAGCCGUGGAGACCGCGCUCACUGACCACUUAGACCGCAUUUCUCGGGCGUCGUCGGCGGCGGGGUCGCGCGCGGCGGCGGCGGCGGGCGCGGGCGCGGCGCGGGCCCUCGAGCCGCUGGCACAGGCGCUACAGAAUGAGCUGGCGGCUAAGCUGUCGGCCACUGACCAACUGUUGAGAGAGAAUAUUGACAAACUUGUCAAUAGUAAGACGAUAAUGGAGCGUCUAAGCGGGUCGAUCGCGGCGGCGCUGGCGGACCUGGUGCGCUCCUCGUUCAGGGAGGCGCUCGGGACCAGCCUGCUGCCGCAGAUGGAGAAGGCGCACGCCAAUAUAUUCAAGCAGAUCAACCUCGCCUUCCAGAACGGGACUAAGGAGUUCGCAGCGCACACAGAAACAGCAGCGCGAGCAGCAGCGGAGCGCGGCGGCGCGGCGGCCUCGACCGCGCUGCUGUCCGCGCUGGAGCAGCACGCCGCGCUGCUGCAGCAGGCCCGUCUCGCGCCGCUGCUGAGGGACGCUGCUCACGAGGUGCUGGAGAAGGAGAUGGGGUGGUUCCGCGAGCAGGCGCGCUCCGUGGCCGCGGAGAUGUCGCGCGCGCACUCGCCCGCGCCCUCGCACGCCAUGGACCGACAGAUCCAAGUAGCCCAGAUCGAGUCUUUACUCCGCUCGGGCGACUACAACGGCGCGUUCCAACUGGCGCUCUCUGCCUCGGAACUCUCAGUCGUGUCGGCGGCGUGCCGCGGCGCGGACCCGGCGCUCGCCACGCCGCAGCUGCGCCAGCACGUGCUGCUGUCGCUCGUGCAGCAGCUGGCGGCCGACCUGCAUACGGACACGCAGAUUAAACACAGAUACCUCGAAGAAGCCAUAAUGAACCUGGACACGAACUACCCCGUCACCCGCGAGCAUCUUCCCAUCGUGAUCCGCGAGCUGCAGAAGCAGAUCAUGACGUUCCUGUCGUCGAACCCGGGACACCCGCUCACGCGCCAGUUCAAGAUGCUGCUGAUGGCCACCGAGUCGCUGGUGAAGGGCACCGUGUGACGCACGCUGUGUGUGUGCGUCAGCGACGCCGGACACAGAUACUGAGUGACUAGUGCUGAGUGAAGAUAGUGAAGUGUGUGUGAAUGCGGGAGUUUAGGGUGUGGUAGUUUUUUGUGGUGAUUCCAUUGGCUGUUUGUUGCUGUUACACUUCUUUGGUAGCUAAUAAUGGUAAGGAAGACUAUUCGUAAAUGGAUGGUUUAUCUUUCCUGAUUAAAUAGACACAGAAUAAAUUUACAAGCCACGAAAAACGAUAGCAAUAUCCCUUUGCUUCGAGUUUUGAUGAAUAUUUAAUGUGUAAAGAUAUGAAACUACUAAGUCGUUUGUGUCUAGUUUGCUUAAAGCCUACUAAACGUGCUGUGCUAAAAGGGUAUCAUAAUCAGAGUGUGCUUGCACCGCAUUAGAACACCUAUAGAAUUACUUCUUGAUUACAAUACCCUUUUCGCAAAACUCUCUGUAUAACUAGUAUAAAAUGCAAACACUCACAUAUCGUUGAGUCAAUACAAAAGACCUGUACCUGUUUUAAAAUAAAUGUUGUGUUGACGAGGCGCUUUAUAAUCGGGUACCAUUACACUAACAAUAAUUACAAUUUAAAGUCAUAAACUAGGCAAAAUUCGAGUUACAAAAUGUUAGUACCUAGUGCUGGCGUGUGAAACUACUUAAGCUAGAAACAAAGUGCAGAACAGAACUAUGGUGCUAUUGUACCUUCUGUCGAUCUCGUUAUAAUGUAAUUUUGGUUUUAUGGAACCGAUUCCGACCUACCUAACUUAAAUUUAGAGCUUUCAAAACAUAAACUUAUGCAUCGUAAAUAAGAUCAGUUAAGAAGUUGUGAUAGCUUUAUAUUUAAGUUUUGUUGCUUCAGAAUCGACUUUACUAAGUAUUUUUUCCGUCGUUCGAAUACCUACUGGACUUUCAUAACAUAAAAUUUACACUUAUUUCAUAGGUAGGGUAUAUUUUAAACAUUUGACAUCGCUGCAAGCAUAUUGGUAGGUAUAUUUUGGGAUAGAAAUCAUUAUGAUCUGAUUCAUUAUAGACUUUCUUCAACAUGAUUGAAUAUAACAUCAAUCCCGAACGAGAGAUGAAAAAAAAACAUGAACCCUUGCCUUGUGCCCAUGUUCAAUGUACUGGGUUGUUUAGGCAGAGUUUAUGAAUCUCCACUUACUGUAAACACUAUUUAUACCUAUAGGUAAGUAUUUAAGUUGCGCCAUGUUUUGUUGAUUUGAUUUCUUGACAUGAAAAUGUAAGCUAUUUAUGAUGACUUUGAAGUAUUAUACAUGGAAAUUACAUUGCCUCUAUCUUCUACGAUUGUAUAGUAUGCUUAUUCGUAAUAUAGGAUUGUUAGUAAGUAAAUGACUGCUUUCUAUGUUAAUUUUAGUUGAGAUUUCAUCCAAUCAAUGUUAGUUCGUUGUAGACGUGCGUUCAUUAUUGACAAGUCAUUUGUAAGAAAGAAACAUUAUAAAUGUAUGAGGAUAUGUUUGAUGAUUUAGGAGUGUUUUUCGAGAGACCUUUAUGCAGAAUUUGUAUUUGCACUAAGAUAAGUUGGUACAGUACGACGAGAAUAUUUUGUUGCUUAGUGAAAAAUAUAAGUAACAAAUUCUUACAUUAAUGAUUUUGUCGUGCUGUACCUAAUGGUAACUUUCCAGUGUUUUUUAUUUUAUUUUUGACUAAAUUAUAAGAGUUGUAGUUUAAGUUUGUUUACAAAACUGGUCGCAAGAAGUUAAUGUUCUAAGAAACUUGUAAAUAAAAGUUUAUUUGAUUUAUA